AUGUCUUCAAGUUUACGGCGUAGGUCCUGCAACGCCUGCUUCAAGGGCCGUCGCAAAUGUGACCGCGGCUAUCCCACAUGCGGGACUUGUCGGCGUACCAACAAGAGCUGCCACUAUGUUUAUGCGCCGAUUUCUUCAGCCAGCCAGCCCGAUGACCCAGUGUCUGCAGACACGGACACCGUUGACGUCGUCCCCGCUCAUGCAGAUAUCUCUUCCCUUGGCCUCGAGGGCGAUGAGACUGAUUUUCUUGCUGGUCAGGGAUGGUCAGUCAGCGACGCGGUCUCAAGAACAACGCACAGCGGUUCCACCAGUCUGCAGCAUAAUCCCACCGCAUUUCCGUCGUCCACCUCCUCGGAAUUGUCAUACGCGCAGCAAACACCGCCAAAGUUGAACAUACCCAACUUUCUGGGCGGCCUCGGCGAGGUGCAGCGCGUGGACGGCAGCACCGACAGCUGGCGGUGGGUCAUCGGCGAGCUCAGGCGCUGCCCGCGGGACCUCGCCACGCGCGGCGAGACGCUGUUCCUGCAUAAGAACCUGUACGGUGACGCGGUGCCGCGGGCGGUCCGGGCGGCGCUGGGCACCUCGGCGGCCUUCUGCAUGCUCGAAGAGGACAGGCGACAGCUCCUGUUCCGGGCCCUGGACGCCGAGGUGAUGGAAUUGACCAGGCCACCUCCGCCGAUGGGCGCAGACGAGGGCCUGGGCCGCGGCGGCAGUAGUGUUGUCAGCACAAGCAGCAGCGGACUGACUCUCAUCGAAGAACUGGCGCGGCUGCAGGCCUUCACGCUAUACCAGAUGAUGCGCAUGUACGGGGGCGGGCUGGAGCAGCGCAUCGUCGUCCAGCAGCAGCGAGGCCUGCUGAUGAAGUGGGCGCUGCAGCUUCUCAGGCGGUCGCGGGCCGAGCUCGGCGGCGACGGUGAUGGUGCGUCGGACGCCGGUGGCCAUGUGGAUUGCUGGCACACCUGGAUCCUGGCCGAGAGCAUCCGCCGCACCGUCUUGGUCGUGUAUAUGUUCUAUGGCAUGUACUCGCUGGCGACAGAGGGCUUCUGCAACGAGAUCCCCACGCUCGCCAAGCUCCCCGUCUCAGCGACACCCGCGUCGUGGCACUCGGAGGCUGCCUACCUGGCUCAUAGUCGGGUUGGUGAGGCGCCAAAGACAAUGACAUACGAAGAAUUCACAUAUUAUUGGAUGGUGUCACCGCCGGCGAGACUGGACCCGUUCGACAAGUUUCUUGUCGUUCCGUGUAAAGGCUUCGAAGGGAUAAUUCCCUGA